AAAAACGGCAACUGAAAAUUUCAAAUCCCAGAAAACCCAAAAUUAGGGUUCAUAUCACGGAAAAUAAAAACCCUAGAAAACAGAAGAAGAACAAAGUUAAAUCAUCGGCCGCCUCACUCUGGCUUCUCUGAUUGAUAAUCUGGAGGAAUUCCUUCUUGUUACCGUCUAUGGGCGCUCCUAAGCAGAAAUGGAAUGCGGAAGAAGAAGCCGCCCUUAAAGCCGGGGUGGUUAAACAUGGGGCUGGAAAAUGGCGGACGAUUCUUAAAGAUCCAGAGUUUGCACGCAUCUUGUAUCUUCGAUCAAAUGUGGAUCUUAAGGAUAAGUGGAGAAAUUUGAGUGUCCUCGUAAAUGGAUGGGGCUCCCGAGAUAAGUAUAGGACAGUCACUAGAAGAUUGGCUCAGGUCCCAAAACAGGAAGAUAGUUCUAUGGCUCUCAGUGCUGGUCAAAGCGAUGAAGAUGCUAUGGAUGCUAAGCCUAUGGCAGCAUCUAGUGAUUCACAGCAGGUUUCUGCUCCAAAAAGAUCCAUUGUGAGGUUGGACGAUCUUAUUAUGGAGGCUAUAGUUAACUUAAAAGAUUCAGAUGGUUCUAAUAAAACAGCUAUUGGUGCAUAUAUAGAGGAACAAUAUUGGGCUCCACCAGAUUUCAGGAGGCUGUUGUUGGCAAAAUUAAAAUUCUUGACAGCUAGCGGUAAACUGAUUAAGGUAAAACGAAGGUAUAGGAUUGCUCCUACUCCAACAUUCUCAGAAAAGAGAAGGUAUUCUUCAGUGUUUCCGUUCGAGGGCAGGCGGAGGGUUUCCCCAAGAUUUGAUAAGGAUGAUGGUACCAUGCUUAUGAGAACCCAGAUUGAUUUAGAGCUAGCCAAAAUGAGGACCAUGACAUCACAAGAGGCUGCGGCAGCUGCCGCUCGAGCAGUUGCAGAGGCAGAAGCUGCCAUAGCAGAAGCUGAAGAGGCAGCUAGAGAAGCUGAAGCAGCAGAAGCUGAUGCUGAAGCAGCACAAGCUUUUGCAGAUGCAGCAAUGAGGACACUAAAAGGAAGGAAUCAUGCAAAGAUGAUGAGUCGAGCCUGAUGAUGUUCAAAGAAUGAAAAGAGCGAUAGCCCCGAAGUUUUGUGGAAGCAUACCUAGACACAGUUAUUCACUAUCUUGUAAAUUAUGAUAAAAGCCUUUUUGGCAGUGGUAGAUAAAUGUCAACGUCCACCUAUACUAGCAGAUAUAGAUGAAUGUGUUUGUCUGAUUAGUUCAUUGUACGAUGGAUUCUCACUUGUGAUCAAUCUGCUUCAUGGUGGAUUUUCAUUCUGUUUGGAAAUUUAAAAAUGCACCGCAUCCAAACAUCCCAGCUUGAUUGGUGAUAGAAUUGUU